CGCUUCUCCAAAUCCUCCAAGUACUAGCCUAGUAGUCGACUAAUCAGUACUACCCAAUGUCGCAAUCAGAACCCUCCUUCUUUGAACGCGAGCGCGAUAGACUAUCCUUGGACAUCACAGCAGGCUUCGAAGACCUUCUCUCAUCCAGCAACGUCCUCAAUCGGAAACUCGAAGAAGUGAUAGGCAUGACUCGUGAAUACGAAACCAUUGCUUCCCUCUGGCAAAGCUUCCACGAGUUGAUGCGUGGACAACGAGACGAAGUGCUCGAAGAUAGAACGACCGUGCCCGGCACAGGCGCCCACGUCGUGUCUACAAACUCCAAACGAUAGCACUGAGCAGCUAAAGAGGGAAAGUGAAAUUGUUCGUCAGGUACGCUACAUGAUCGCUUUCAUGAACUUUGCGAAGACUAUCCAAGUACAGGUGAGAAGAACAAAAAAGUAUGUAUUAUUGUGACAAGACAAAGACAGAUGAUGACGACAAUGCUGCGUAGAGUCCAAAUCAUACAUCCGCCCAAGAAGCAACCUGCGCAAGUUGUUUGGUGAGGAGCACCGAAGAAAUAGGCAUCGCACUCACCCAUGAGAAUCCACUGAAUUCUUGUUGGUCCUUCGAAGACAACUGCCCGUGAACGGGCGUUAGUGUCGGUUGCUCUUUUGUAAAUUCUUCAUCGAAAUUACUGGUGUCCGCACUCCCGUUCUGCAAAUGAAAUUAACAUCGUUCCUUUUACUUGAAACAUCGGGCUUACUAUAGUGGGGAAGUAGGGCGGUG